CAAUGAGUAAAAUACAUUAUAAGUUCUUAUUGUUUGCUCCAUCCCAUUGAAAAAAGAAAUAGGUCAAACAAGCAAACAAAUCAUGGUCGGAUGUUUAUUUGUUAUGAGACACACCUUAUCGUAAGUUCUGCAAAUCCAACUCCUCCUUAUCCCUCUGCCUUUUCCCCCAACAAUCUGCUCACCGGCGAUGCUGACUCCGGCGCUUGCGCCGCCGUCUUCUUCUUCUUCUUCUACGCCCACAGCUUUCCCUUUCUCCCAUUCAUUCACAGCCCGAUCUGCCCCCGCCUUCUUCACCUUAAUUUUUCCCUUUCGAGCUUUAAAUGCUAAUAGACGGGAAAGCUCAACUCUUCGACUCCAAGCAGCAGCAGCAUCUCCUUCUUCUUCUCCGUCUUCCGCUCCAAUGAUUGAAAAGGAAACACCUGAGUCGGAGAAGCCCCCUACUUUCCUUCGAGAGGCGGAUGAGAAUGCUUCUGAUUCCUCCAAAUCCGUCCGAUCAAGGUUUGAGAAAAUGAUUAGGGAGGCGCAGGACUCUGUCUGCUCCGCCAUUGAGGCCGCCGACGGAGGUGGCCAGUUUAAGGAAGACGUGUGGUCCAGACCCGGAGGGGGUGGCGGCAUCAGCAGGGUUUUGCAGGAUGGCGCUGUUUGGGAGAAAGCUGGUGUCAAUGUCUCUGUCGUCUAUGGAGUAAUGCCUCCCGAGGCUUACAGAGCAGCUAAACCAACUGAAAAUGGAAGCGUCAAACCCGGCCCUGUUCCCUUCUUCGCUGCUGGCAUCAGCUCCGUUCUUCAUCCUAAGAAUCCAUUUGCUCCAACGUUGCAUUUUAAUUACCGCUAUUUUGAGACUGAUGCUCCAAAAGAUACUUCAGGAGCCCCAAGGCAAUGGUGGUUUGGUGGAGGUACUGAUUUGACUCCUGCUUACAUUUUUGAGGAGGACGUGAAGCAUUUCCAUCUGGUCCAGAAAGGUGCUUGCGACAAGUUCGAUAGUGAUUUCUAUCCUCGAUUCAAGAAAUGGUGUGAUGAUUAUUUCUAUAUCAAGCACCGAGGGGAGAGACGCGGUCUUGGGGGUAUAUUCUUCGACGAUUUAAAUGCCUAUGAUCAAGAGAUGCUUCUUUCCUUUGCUACUGAGUGUGCAAAUUCUGUGAUUCCAGCAUAUAUACCCAUCAUUGAGAGGAGGAAGGAUACGCCAUUUACGGAUAGACACAAGGCAUGGCAGCAGCUACGCCGAGGACGUUAUGUGGAAUUCAACUUGGUUUAUGAUCGGGGAACAACAUUUGGUCUCAAGACUGGUGGAAGGAUUGAGAGUAUACUUGUGUCACUGCCACUUACUGCCCGGUGGGAAUAUGACCAUCAACCUGAAGAAGGAAGUGAAGAAUGGAAGCUUUUGGAUGCGUGUAUCAAUCCCAAGGAGUGGAUCUGAGCUUUUCAUGUACUUGCUUCGUUAGAAUUCAAGCCUCCUUUUGGUUCUUCUUGUCCUCUUACUUUUGAAUAUUGUGUAUUAGAACCUACUUACACAGUUUCUCUAAAGAGGUGAUGAAGACGAGACCGCCAUUGCGUAUCUGAAUAAAUACGACCGUCUUCGGGUUUAAUCGGUUUUAAUGCCUUAUUAUUAUUAGUACUAUUUUAUUUUAUUUCCUUUAGGUAUUUAGUACUUUGGGGUAGAAUAAUAAUUAUCUUGGGGCAAGAUUGGGAAGUUUAUUUUAAUUUUCAUUUAUAUGUUGUGAAAGACAUUAGGGAUGGGAGUUUUUUGACGAUUGAAAUAUUUUUCUGCCUGAGAGAGUAUCUCACUUUUUAUUUGUUCUUGAGAGAGUAUCUCAAUUUUAUUCCCGUUCGUACUACGUUCUACAUCAGUUGGUAUCUAGAGACCAGCAGCGAUCCUCGACGCCGCCGAAGAAGGUUAACGACACCAUGAACGAUUCCAGAGGAUGGAAGAUCGAUUUCAAGGUAUGGAUGAUUGUUUCACAGACCUAUCAACUGGAAUGGAGGAAUUGCA